UUAGGACCGUCUCCCGUUCACACUCAUUAUCAUACAUCCACACUCAACGAGUGCCAAAUGCAAGUAAAACGAGCUUUGGUGAGUAAAAUAUUAAUAUAUUAAUAUAUAAAAGUCUCAAAACCAAAGAGAUAAUCUUUAGAAAAGCUAUGAUUUGUCCACACCCCCCUUAAACACUUCUCUACGUCACAGAGUGUGUUUAUUUGCAUAGCUCCGCCCAAAUGUUUACUCAAAGAAAGAAGGCGGGGCUGAUAUUCUGGCUGUACUUUAAGUAAGUCGUAUUAAAACAACCUCCUUCUCGCUAUUCAAACGAAGGGUGAAGUUAGUGCUUGUUGUUUCUCGUUCACGGAUGCAGACAUGAUGUUAUGUUUUCAACGCAACACAUAAAAAGACGGUAUAAGUCAUCGUAAUCAGUGAUUAUUACUAAUACAAUACAAGCCAUUACAAAUGAGGCAUUUGUUAGCCAAUCACAGCGCACUGGGUAGCUGGCCAAUCAGAGCACGCCUCUCUUUUUGUUUUUAGAAAGACUAGCUUUUUUGGUUUCAAACCCAAAGUCUUGAAUUAGCAUAUUCUAAAGAACCAUCUGAAUAUAAUGAAAUUAGAACUAGCCCUGUAAAGCUUUCUUAAAAACACGUAAUGCGUCUUUCCUCAAUUAUCCCUAAACUGUUUUGUUUACGUGUAGUUUAGCAGUUUCCGCUGUGACAACGUACCCCACACACUUUACCCUUCAAUAGCCUAAAAAACGAGUUACUUUUAAAAGUUUAUUUUUUUGCUUUCUAAAUGAAUAAAUAUAUACAAAUGCUCAUUUGAGGGAAAAAAAAACAUGUAGUCCCUACAAAAGGUACACAAGUGAACUCUCUCAGUGUUUAGUCAGGUUUAGAAACAUGUCUCAGCGCGCACUCGGCAUUCUUCCGUGUGAACGCGCAAACCGCCUUGCGCAACGCGUGCCUCCGUGACGCAGCCGAGCGGGGCGUGAGCGGGUCGAGCCGGCACAGACCCGCCUCUGUCUGCGGCUUGGCGGGACUCCGGGGGCCUCGCGCGGCGCCGGACAGGUGAGUGCGCGCGGAAUGCGAGGAAUGCGCGAGGGGUAGCGGCGCGUGCGCGUGCGCGCGGCGGAGCGUGUGCGAACUCGUCGUCGCGCUGAGCUCGCGCGGAGGACCGCCGGUAACCGUGGCUGCUCGCGCUUUCAGCAGGAGGAAGAGUGUGACGGCCUUCAUCAGUCAGGUGUUCUCAGGCCUGAAGGACAUGGACUCUCUGAAGAAGGAGCUGGAGGAGGAGCUCAAACUCAGCACUGAGGAUCUGAGGAGUCACGCCUGGUAUCACGGACAGCGGCAGCGCGAGGGAGCGGAGCAGUUGUUGAGUAGAGACGGGGAGUUUCUGGUGCGUGACUCCAGCUCCAGUGCGGGUGAAUACGUCCUGAGCUGUAUGUGGAGAAAUCAACCCAUGCACUUCAAGAUCAUACGCAUCGUGCUGCGACCCAAACAGGGUUACACUCGGGAGCUCUUUCAGUUUGAGAACGAGCAGUUUGAUAAUAUUCCAGCAUUAAUUCGCUUUCACGUCGGCGGGCGGCGUCCCAUCUCGCAUUCCACCGGAGCCAUCAUCUUUCAGCCAAUCACACGCACUCUGCCUCUACGCAUCAUCAGCGAGCGCCAGGCUGCGAGGUCGUCAAGCUCCUCCCUCCUGUCACGGGCUCAGAGCAAGAGGCGGAGCCUGAGCUCCUCUCAGAAAGAUACACUGCAGGUCAACAGCAACAACCUGCUCAGGAGCGGCAGUCAGCCUGCUAAUCUGGAGACAGUGGGGAGACCGCCACUACAGUCUGCUCAAUCUGACAGCAACCUCCGCACAGGUGUCCCACAGAGCUGUCCGUCACAGGACUCUAGCCCCGCCCCCGUCUCCCCGGUGUUCCGCACAGGAAGUGAGCCUGUCCUAAGCCCAGCCGCUUCCUGUGCCGCUCCGCCCAGUCAGUCGAGUCUCGGCGGCUGUCCUCUGCGUGGCUCUGAUGGACAGCUGCAUUCACGAGCUCCUCCCAAACCGCUGCGGAUCUCCAUCGUCUUCACCCCGACUGCGUCCGCCCCUGAGUCCGAUUCCUCCGGCCUCUAUGGUGAGCUGGUGCCGCAGGUCCCCAUCACCAUGCUGCCCAAAGGUCACGCGGCGCGGCUCCGUGCUCAGGAGCGAUGGACCAGCCGCGCGCGUCUCACCGAGACCAGCUUUGGCUUCCUGGAGGCGCAGAAGCUGGAGGAGGAGCGGCGGGAGAGCGAGGCGGUGGAGGACGAGCAGAGAGACUGGCGCUUCGAGCGGCCGCUGACCGAGACCACGUCCUGCUUCCGGCUCCACGACUUCCGCUCGCUCAUGCUGCCCGACAACAACCGCCCGCUGGAUCAGAGCGUCCUGCUGAAGGUCAAGGAGCUGCUGACGGACAGCGACGCCAGGACCACCGCUCUGCACAUGCUCAGCGUCAACUGCCAGGUGGCCCGGGUCACGGGGGUGACGGCGGAGCAGAAGAGGAUCAUGGGAGUGGAGACGGGUCUGGAGCUCAUCACUCUGCCGCACGGAGGCCAGCUCAGACAGGACCUGCUGGAGAGGCAUCACGCGCUGGCUCUGGGCGUGGCGGUGGAUCUUCUGGGCUGUACGGGGACGGUGGCUCAGAGGGCCACGCUGCUGCACAGGACCAUUCAGCUGGCGCAGGAGCUGCGUAACACCACACACGACCUGUACGCCUUCUCCGCCGUCAUGAAGGCGCUCGAGCUGCCGCAGGUGGCGAGGCUGGAGAUGACAUGGAGAGCGCUGAGGCAUAAUCACACGGACAGCGCCGUGGCGUUCGAGAAGAGCCUCAAACCCUUCAUGAAGGCCCUGAACGAGGGCGACGACGGCGAGGCGUCGGGGCCGCUGUCUCUUCCUCACAUGGUGCCGCUGCUGAGGCUGAUGGAGGGAGAAGACGGCGUGGAGUCCACCGACAGAGGCUGCCAACUGCUCUACAACCUGCUGCAGUCGGCACGCAACGCCGCGCUACACGCUAACGACUGCUCGCGGCACGCUCACGGCCUGCUCUCCGCCGGAUGGGAGCCAAUCCCAGAGCUGCUGGAGGUGUUUCAGACGGAGUUCGCCCUUCGGCUCUUCUGGGGGCAGAUGGGUGCCAAAGCCGAUCGCAAGGAGCGCUACGCCAAAUUCGACAGGAUCCUCACGGUCCUCUCCAACAAACUGGAAGCGGACGGGAGCUCGGAGGUUUGAGCUCUGCUGGCGAGCACGGGAAGUCCAGCCACUUCUGAGCUUUAUAUUCCUGUCAUUUACAUGAUAAAAACAGACCCGACGCCAGAGCACGAGCGCGAGGUGAAGCGUGUCGGAUCUCUUACUAGAAAAUUCCAUAUUUCAGCACGCGUUAGUUUACAGUCAUGAUGAUGUUGUUUUGAAGCUGUGAUUGUUUUCAUAUCUGAGUGAAAUUUGCUAAAUCUAUAUGCUUACUUUCAGAGGCACACUUUCUCUUACCAAAGCAUUUCUGAUUUUAUAUGUAAAGAAUAUAUUUGAAUUUCUUAAUGGAUUAAAAUGGAAAUUAAUAUAUCAAA